UGGGUGCGCGGGGCUCCUCCUCCUCCUCACCGGCGCCUCGGGAGGAGGGUUCCGCGGGGCUGCGUCCCGCCCGUGAGGCGCGGCGGGUAACGGGCGCUCUGCGGCCGUUGGAGAGGCACGCGCGGCCGGUGUGGGAGCGGGAGGCUCUGGCUGAUCGCAGGGACGAGGGAGAGCUAGGUUAGCGGCUUGGGUUUGCCGGGUGUCCCCCCGUUGGAAGGCCUAGCGAUUUGUUGAUCUCUGUGAAGCUACAAGCGGCAGAUGCUCAAAGAGAGACCACCAAGCUUUAAAGUUUGUCUAAAGUUGAUCCUGGGAAGAGGAACAGGAACCACAGAAGACAGUUCCUGAGGUUUUCCUCUUAGGAAGCAGAAUGUUCUGCUCCAGCUACAUGUAGUAAGUGGUUUGUAAAUGCAAACAGAGGAAUGCAGUUCUGAAUAUUAACAAAAAUAGUGCUAUUGUUUAGUAAUAAGGAAAUGCUAAAUGUUAGUUCAAAAUGGGGUAGGAAUUUGGGAGCCAGAUGAAACAUUUCCAUGUGUUUCAACUUUUUCAGUGAUUGCAUUAACAGGGUUUUAGUCAUCUAUGUAUGUACAAGGUAGAGUUGAAUCUUGAGGUAGUCGAUCAAAAUAUGUUCCUUGUAACCUGAGUAUUUGAGGCAAAGACCACGACAGGACGGUCAUUGAGCAUUGGAUUUUAUCAGAUGUGAGAGUAUAUUUUUUGUGUGGUUAUAUGUGCUGAGAAGAUCAAAUAAGACUAUUUGCUUAAAAGGUUGGUUUGUUUGGAGUUGUGGGUUUUUUUUGUUUGUUUUUGUUUGCUUUGUAAGUAAAACAGAAAUGUAGUUGGGAUUUUCUGAGUAUGAUAUGCUCAGAAUAAAGCAGAGACUUAAUAUCCACAGGCUGCAUGGUUUGACUUGCCUUUUCACAUUACUUUUGGCAAUAUGAGAAGUUUAGCUGGAAAUGUGAGAUUGCUGAAAGUUCCCAUAGAAUGUGGGUGAGUGGAGGGACUCCCCCACCCUCAUUUUGCAGUUAAUAGAAUAAUAAUGAAAUUGCCACAGUCUUUCAAAUGUGGGAGGAAAGAUCCAGGGUCUUGCUUUGAUUCCAAGACCCAUCAUUAAAAUUAUAAUGUUAAAUAAAGGUCACUAAAAGUGUAAUAGAUUUUUAGAGGAAGGCAUUCUUUCAACUAUAGUUGUCACUGGAUAUGAUAAGCAUAUUUUAGUGCUAAAUGUAAACCGUUCUUAAAACAGCUGUAGAGAGAGUGAAUGUCAAAACUCUAGGGAGGAAAUGUAUGGACUUUCAUGGUGAUCACAUGAAUUAAAACAAGUAUAUGUCUUAUGGCCUUAUCAGGGGUAUAUCUGUAAACCUACAAUGUCAUGACUGGAGUAUACCCUAAACUUGCAUAGACUGAUGCGUCAUUGUGUCUAUCCAGAUAAAAGCCAUCUAUGUGGCAUCAGUGGAUUACUAGACAAAUAUGAAAACUUUAAGCAGAUUCACAGCUCUUUUGGGGAUAUAAUUUUUAGUAGAAGGAAUCAUAUUGCCCUUUAAGUAAAUGCUGAGUACACCACCUCCCACUCCCAAAUUUUCCAAGUUGAGACAUAUACAUGUGUCAACUUGUAGUAGUAUUUGAAAUAUGCAGAGAAGGAAUGUUUGACAGUUUCUGAUUGAUACUGACUUUUUAAACUUUAUUCCAAGACAUUGCAAUAUCGGGGGCAGGUAGAAACCACCUCUCUAAAAAUUGUCUUUCCCUAUCCUCUCUGCCUUGGGGGGUGAAAAGUUUUCUGGGUUACCAGAUACUGCAUUUCCCAUUUGUGUCACACCCUGUGUAGGUUCCAGAUGACCAGAUGGUGUAACAUGAUCACAGCACAGUGCUGUGACAAGGGAUUCUCUUCUGAUUGUCUGAAUGAGUUUUACAAACCCAGUUACAACUACUCCUUUUCAAGUUCAAGCAUGAUAUCAAGAAACUCUUCAGUAUGCUUCAUUGUGUAAAGUGUAUAAUCCUACUUCUUACUGUUAGUGAUACUUGAGUUGUGAUAUGGUCUAAACUCAGGCUUACUUAAUCAGAUUUCUGUCUGGAAUCUUGGUACAUUCAUUGUCAACCCCUCCCCUGUCCCCCAAACCAGAAACCAGUAAUUUUAAGAACAGCUCCUUUCAGCUCUCUGGGUUUGUGAAAUGUACUAUUUUUGAAGUUUAAUCUACACUUGUUCUUGAAAAGAAAGAUGUAUUUGUUAGUGAAUCACGUAGGAGUUUGGAAUGGUUCCUGUAGGCUUGUGUCAAAAAAUUCCCCAGGUGUCUUUCUAAGAAUCAAGUUCUGGUAUGCUAUUACCAUGACAUUUUUUUUUUUUUUUUUUUUUUUGUUUUGGGGUUGGGGGUUGUGGAGGGGGGAUGGUUUUUGUAUUUCACUUGUUCCAACGAGCACUUGAAUGCCUUGAUUUGAUUACUGCUUCCUUGGUGUGAAUCAAGCUUUCUGAUUUUACUGGAAGUACUUUGGGGAGGCCUCUGUUUGGGUGGUUUUUUUGUUUGGGUGGGGUUUUUUUGUGUGUGGUUUUUUGUUUUUUUUUUUUUUUUUUGUGUUUCGUUGGUUUUUAGAUUUCUAUUAGAUUUUUUUUUUGACAUUAGUAUGAGAUGGUGGGAAAGCGCUUCCUGCUGUGUGUUUUGUCAACCCGGAUUUGAGGAGAGGAAAAAACAAACAAAACAACACAAAACCCUCAAACAAAACCACCCCACAAAAACCCCCCACAAAGCCUUACUGGUUUUGUUUGAGUAAAGUUUUUCUGUGUUAACUAAGAUAGCCUCAGAGAUCCCUAAAGUACUGCUCAAUUUUAUGUAUUUUCUUCUUCCAUAAUUUCACAAAAUACUGCUUCAGAGUAAUGCGCUUUCUUCUUCUACAUGAAUAUAUUGCCUGGUAUAUUAUGGUGGUUAAAGAGAGUGCUGUAGUGUACGAAAGGUUUGGAGUCCCUUCUGAAUACAGUGUAUCUAAAUUAAUUCUGUAUCCACGCUGUCUUCAUCAGGAAUGCUCAUCUUCAGCUCUUGCAUGCUUCAGUGAGGCUAUAUUGAGCUGUGUUGCUACAGAGGAACUGCCUAAGCUGAGAAGGAAAGGUAACUGGUGUAUCUUAAUCGCUAGACAGCUUUAGAGGUCAUUGCUAAGGUCCUGAACUGGCAGUAGAAGCCAUGUGGAACUGAUGAGAUGAUGUUGGCAUGGGACUAAAUGCUUGUAGUAUUCCCUUUUGCAUCUGACAUGGGAUUGUCUUGUUCUGCACAUCUGAGUUUAAUUUGAAAUACAGUAUAUAAAGAUGAUUCAAGUACAGAAUGCUGACUGCUCUCUGCAGUGGUUAGUGCUUCAAAGCUACUGCGCUUGUUUGACACAGAACAUUUGAGGUACUUAAGGUAGUGGUUUGACAGUUGAAGAAAGCUUGACUUUGGCACUUCCAAAUAUAAAAAAGAAAUUGUUGAGGGUGGCUUUUAAUCUGAUGUAUUAAAAAACACUGUGCAGUGUACUGCAGAUGGUCUUUUCAAGACAAAAUGCUCUAGAGCUUUCACGGUUGCUUGAUGUGAGAAGAAUGUAGCUGCAUUAUCUGGUCUUUAUUGUACUGCCUGCAUGUUCUUGCUUACUCUGUCUUUACUAGACAAAGCCUGCGUUUGUGUGUUAAUUUUCUUUGUCCUCUUGUUGGUAUACCUAGAAACAGCAUGUCGCUUGAGAGUAAUCUUGGUAAAGCAUCUGAAUGAAUCUGCAUGUGGCUUGCAGGGUUCAACUUUAGUCCAGGUGUGGGAAUGCAGUAAUUCUUUAGUUCUGUUUCUACUUCCAGUCGAACAUUGUUUGGUGUGAUAGAUGCUGUGUCAGAAUAGUAUUGUCAAUGUAGAGAGGCCUGUGGAUUGGUAAUACUGUAUGUUGAGGGAAUCUGGGUGAUAAGAUCUCAUAAUGGGCAUGCAGUCUAUUAAAGAAUAAAAGCCUGUUUGUUUGAAAGUUACAGCAUAUCUGAAGUGUGAGUAGUAUUUUUGUGGGCUUUCAACAGUCCUUAAUGGAAUUUGUGUCUUGAGUUUCUCAACAAUCUUUUGAAAUACCUUAUUAGAAUGCAGGAUUGUGAUGUCAGUAAUGAGAAUAUACUUGUAGUUUAAUUUGUGGCCUUUUUCCCUUACAUUUGCAGGCUUCUCUGAUGGAUCCAACAGAAAUGAAACUAACAUGAGAUGCCUACGUAACACGCAUUGCCAGCAAUUGUACUAAAUACUUCACUGCUGAACCAGUUGCUCAGGUACCCUGCCUGUCUUUGUUGCUAUGGGAGACUGGAAGACUAUUACUGUGCCAGUGCUGUCAUCAGAUAGCACAACUAUUUUUCAAUAUACCUCAGAUAAAAGUAUAUCUCCUCCAAGUAUGAACUCACAAGUGCUACGUUUGUCACUGCCUUCAUCCAAAAGCGUGCACGGCUUUUUCAGUGCCUUCUGCACAGAAGAGAAUAUUGAACAGAGUGUGUCCUAUCUUGAUAGGGAAUUGACAACACUGGGCUUUCCCUCUAUUUAUGCGGAGUCCAAAGGAAAAGAAUUAAACCUAAUAUCUAUCAUAAAUUGCAUGAAUGAAUUGCUUGUACUGCAGCACAAGAACCUUCGAGCUCAGGAAGAAGUAGAAAUGCAGCAUCUGAAACUGGGUAGUGAUAUGGAUCACUUGCAAAACUGCUAUGCUAAAUUAAAGGAACAGUUGGAGUUAUCUAAAAGGGAAAUAGUUGGACUGCAAGAAAGAGACAGACAACUGCAAAGCAAGAACAGAAAUUUGCACCAGUUACUUAAAAAUGAAAAGGAUGAAGUACAGAAAUUACAGAACAUAAUCUCAAGCAGAGCUACACAGUACAAUCAUGAUAUGAAGAGGAAAGAAAGAGAAUAUAACAAAUUAAAGGAACGCUUACAUCAAUUAGUCAUGAACAAAAAGGACAAAAAGAUAGCUAUGGAAGUUCUAAAUUAUGUUGGUAGAGCUGAUGGGAAGAGAGGUGCAUGGAGGACUGAUAAGACAGAAGCCAGAAAUGAAGAAGAAAUGUACAAAGUUCUAUUAAGCGAUUAUGAACAACGCCAGAAACAGCUUUUAGUGGAAAAUGCUGAGCUGAAAAAAGUUCUUCAGCAAAUGAAGAAAGAUAUUAUUUCACUUCUCCCACCACAGAAACAGAAACUUAAAGAAAGGUCUGAAGAUGGUCCAGUGCUGUCAGACUUGGAAGAAGAUAUUGGAGAGUUAAAUAAAGAGAAUAUGUGGGAAUUGUCUUGUGAAACUGUGCGAGAGCAGCUUACCAACAGCAUUAGAAAACAAUGGAGAAUGUUGAAAAAUCAUGUUGAAAAGCUAGAUAACCAAGUAUCACGUGUACAUUCAGGAGCUUUGAAUGAAAAAGAUGUCAUUUCAAGGGAAGACCAUGAGAUGGAAACUGAAAAGCUAGAGUUGGAGAUUCAGCAGUGUAAAGAAAUGAUUAAAACUCAACAACAGCUUUUACAGCAGCAGCUCAUGUGUCCAUGUGAUGAUGACACCACUCUGUUACUACAGGACUGCUAUUUACUGGAAGAAAGAGAGCGUCUUCAGGAAGAAUGGAGACUAUUUCGAGAACAAAGAAAGAAUUUUGAGAAGGAACGAAGAAGUUUUACGGAAGCUGCUAUUAGAUUAGGACUCGAGAGAAAGGCAUUUGAAGAAGAUAGAGGAGCAUGGCUGAAGCAACAGUUCUUAAGUAUUUCUACUGAUUACAAGCACUCUGAAAAUGCGGCAACUCCAAGUGCCUUCUUAGGAAGUUCUGGCCAAGACAAUCGAUUAGUGAAAUCUACAUCUCAGCAAAGAAAACCUCACUGUAUGUUGGGUGGUCCUGUUUCAGCAGAACCUUGCCAGACAUCUCAGUAUAUUGCACGUAACAGUUCUGCACUGAGAAAACCUGCUGGAGAUAGCAAACCAAAUCAGUGGCUGGAAAAUGACAAAGAAGCUGAGUGAUGCACAAAGUCGUGGGAAGACUCUGGAGUUGGCACUCUGCUAUGUAGAAACUUGCACAUAGAACAACGGCCUUAGACUUCCUAGGGUUGCCUGCUGGGUUUUUUGUUGGAGAUUGGUUCAUAAACUUAUCAUUCUAAAGUGAAACAAUGCUGUGAGUUUGAUCGUUCUUCUAGAGGAUUAUGUGGUGAUCUGAAUUGUGGUGUGUAUGUGUGUGCACAUGGCUUUUUAUUUUUUAGACCAUUUUUGCUUCAUUUUCUUGCAACUCUGAAAGAAGAUAAUUUAAAAUAUAUAAAAGCUUUGAUAUUUUUUUAGUAACAAAGCUCUGAUUCUGUGAAUGAAGCAAUAGUCUGACACUUUGACUGUAACACAAUAUCGGAUCCUAGUGUUCCCUUUCAUCACAGGCAGAGACAGCACUUUUAGAAGUUGUUUAAUUAUUGGAAACCUUCAUUUAUGUCUCAAGUGUAACUGGCAUUAAAACUUCUUUUGCCUCAACUUGAAUGUACAGUAUACUGUAGAUUUUUAACAAAACAGGUUCUAUAUUUAUUGUGUGAUUUGAAAAUACCUCUUUGAUAUUUCAGAUGACUUAAAGUGCAAAAUCUUUAUAUAUUUGUAAAUAGACAAAGUGAUUAUGCUGAGAAACCAUGAAAUGAAACACAUGCAUACAUAGUAUUUUACAUGGCAUUUUAAAUUGUUUUAUAGUGAUACUGAGUUUACAGAUGCAUUAGGACUUUCAGUGGUUCAGUGAGGAACCAAAUUAUUUCAAAUGUGAACAAUAAACGUGCAAUUUUAUUCUAAGAAA